AUGGGUUUAAUUUCAUUACUUAGAAAUUUGAGAUAAGGCUAAAAGGAAGUCAGAUUAUUAGUAUUAGGUUUAGAUAAUGCUGGUAAGACUACCAUAUUAAAAUCACUUUCAAACGAAGAUAUUUCCACUAUUAAACCUACCCAUGGUUUCAACAUUAAAAAUCUCUCCCACGAUGGUUGCAAAUUAAACGUUUGGGAUGUUGGUGGUUAAAAGGCCCUUAGAGAUUACUGGGAGAAUUACUUUGAAGGUACUGACGCUCUCGUAUAUGUAAUCGAUUCUUCUGAUACUAAGAGACUAAAAGAAUCCGGACAAGAGUUAGAAAAGCUUCUCGAAGAAUAAAAAUUAGCAGGUAUCCCUCUUUUAAUCUUCGCUAACAAAUAGGACUUGGCUACUGCCUUAGCUCCUGAUGAGAUCAGUGGCACUUUGAAGUUAGAUAAUAUUAAGGAUAGAUAGUGGUCAAUUGUUGCAUGUUCAGCUGUUCUUAAGGAAGGUAUGGAAGAAGGCAUGUAAUGGUUAGUUUCUAAUAUUAAAAAAUGA